CACACGCACACACAUACACUCACAUCAGCGUCAGACUGCAUAGUCAGGCCUCAGACAUGAACACACACACUCAAAUCUGUGGGAACUUCACAUAAGGAACCAGCACAACUCCAGGAUUUGAACAUGAACCAAACACAGAGGAUUCUAAACAUUAUUUGAAAGACACAGCUUUCCUUAAACAAGAAUGAAGCUCCUUGAACACAUUCCACUCCUGCAGAUCCUCUUCCUGGCACAAUUCAGCACACCGGACGCAGCUCUACAAAGAGCUCCCAGGAUUACUACUCAACUAGAGACUGUGGAUGCCCUAUUGGAUCACAAUGCCACUUUUAUAUGUGAAGUCGACUCUUACCCCCCAGCCGAUAUUACGUGGACACGAAAUAAUUACCCGAUACGGUACUAUGAUUCCCGUUAUGUCAUUAGAGAGCAUGGCCAAAUGUUGAUCAUUCCUAAUAUAAAAGACUCAGACAGUGGAGAGUACUGCUGCAGUGCCAACAAUGGUGUAGGAGAACCUGCCAGCAGCUGUGGAGCUCUGCAGCUGAAGAUGAAGCCCCAAAUCAAGAGACAUCCAACAAAUGUCACCUUGCUCCAGGAGUCCAAGGCAGUGUUGCCGUGUGUGACAUUAGGAUAUCCUAAACCAGAUAUCUAUUGGAUAAAAGAUGAGUACAAGAUUGAGGUCAAUGACCGCAUUUCCAUUCUGGAAUAUGGUGCCCUUAAGAUUCAUAAUAUUAAGAAAGAGGAUGCAGGGCAGUAUCGGUGUGUGGCCAGAAACAGCUUCGGUAUUGCCUUCUCCAAACCAGUUACUCUUGAAGUGCAGGUUCCAGCCAAAAUUAUUAAAGUUCCCAAAGAACAGAAAGUUCCAUUUGGUACCGAAGUGGCCUUAGAGUGCAAUGCCACGGGUAACCCCAUCCCUUCAAUUACAUGGUUGGAAAAUGGGAAUACGAUAUUGGGUGCGUCUGUGGAGGAGACGUUGGUUGGCGAUGUGAUAGGCUCAGUCCUACAUGUAGUGGUGAAUAAACCGGCACUCUACACAUGCCAGGCCACCAACCACCACAGUGGAGGUGCCAACACCGUCAAGGCCACAGCCAGGAUCACUGUCUCAGAAUGGAGGCUAUACAAGGGCAGUGCAGGUUACUGCAGUACAUACCGUGGUGAGGUUUGUCGAGGCGUGUUGAGACGCGAUGCUCUGGUCUUCUAUAACUACUCCCUACCGGACCCUGAGGAUGCCCAGGAGUUCCUGGCCCAGAGUGCCUGGGCAGAGCUCCACACAGUGAGCGCACUCUGUAGGCCUGCUGUUCACUCACUGCUUUGUCAUCUUACCUUUCAAGACUGCAACCCCUCGGGCCUGGGCCCUGCACCCAAACCUGUCUGCAGGGAGCACUGUCUGGCAGUGAGAGAGCUUUAUUGCUAUAAGGAGUGGCGUUCUAUAGAGGAUAAGCUCCGCAGAGGAAUCUUCUCUUCAGGGUUGCCAGACUGUACCUCUCUACCCAGCCGGAGAGCUGACCCUAACUCCUGUACUGCUGUCCCGUUCAUUGAUAUAAAGAAAGACCAAGUUACAACAACAUGUUACAAUGACAAAGGAAGGUUUUAUCAAGGGACUGCCAAUGUCACGGCGUCUGGUAUUCCAUGUCAGAAAUGGAGCCUGCAGGAUCCUCACCCUCACAGGCUGUCUGUGGACGUGAUCCCUGAGCUGAGGAAUGCAGAGAACUACUGCCGUAACCCCGGAGGGGAGAGUGACCGACCAUGGUGCUACACUACCAGUCCCAGUGUCCGCUGGGAGUACUGCCAUGUGCCAAAGUGUGGAGAAGUUGUGAGUGUGAGGACUGUGCCAUCGUCUCCAAAACAGACAAAUGCAAACCUCCCUCCUGCUGCGUCCCCUGCAUACUCCAUGAGCGUCAUCAUAUUUGUCAUAGCCGGCUUUGCAGCUACUUUCUUCCUCACCAUCCUUGUUCUCAUCUGCUGCAGACAAAAGAAAGUGUGGAAGAGCCGGAAAAGGGUCAUGGAGACACCUACCCUAACUACUCUUCCGUCGGAGCUGUUGCUGGACAGGCUCCAUCCCAACCCAAUGUACCAGCGCCUCCCUCUCCUGCUCAACUCCAAGCUGCUGAAUCUCGAGUACCCAAGGAACAACAUUGAGUACGUGCGUGACAUCGGAGAGGGGGCCUUCGGCAGGGUCUUCCAAGCAAGAGCCCCGGGUCUGUUGCCUCAUGAGCCUUUCACUAUGGUGGCGGUGAAGAUGCUGAAAGAGGAGGCGUCAGCCGACAUGCAGAAUGACUUCCAGAGAGAGGCAGCGCUCAUGGCAGAGUUUGAUCACCCAAAUAUCGUCAGGCUCCUGGGAGUGUGCGCAGUGGGCAAACCCAUGUGUCUGAUGUUCGAGUACAUGGCCCACGGCGACCUGAACGAGUACCUGCGACGACACUCUCCAGCCCAGCAGCGCAGUCUCAGCCAGGGCAGCCUGACGGGGCCCAGCUUCUCUCCAGAGUCCCAGUCCACAGGCCCCCUCAGCUGCUUGGAACAGCUCUCCAUUUCCAAGCAGGUGGCAGCUGGCAUGGCCUACCUGUCCGAGCGGAAGUUUGUGCAUCGUGACCUGGCCACGCGCAACUGCCUGGUCGGCGAGGAACUCGUGGUGAAAAUAGCCGACUUUGGCCUGUCCAGGAGCAUCUACUCGGCCGACUACUACAAGGCAAACGAGAACGACGCGAUCCCAAUCCGCUGGAUGCCACCUGAGUCCAUCUUCUACAACCGAUACACCACUGAGUCAGACGUGUGGGCCUACGGAGUAGUGCUGUGGGAGAUUUUCUCGCAUGGUAUGCAGCCAUAUUAUGGUAUGGCCCAUGAGGAGGUCAUUUACUAUGUGCGUGAUGGUAACAUCCUGGCAUGCCCAGACAACUGCCCACUAGAGCUCUACAACCUGAUGAGGCUGUGCUGGAGCAGUGACCCUGUGGAUCGGCCCAGCUUUGCCAGCAUCCACCGAAUCCUGGAGAGGAUGCACAAGCAGAUGCUGCACACCAGUCUGCCCUGAGGAAAUGGAAGAAAAGGCAAACAGCUGUGCUGAGCCACUACCUGUUCCUCCUCCUGUUUUUGACUCUAUAACUGUCUCAUGUCAGUUUACAUGAAAUAACAUGGUUUUAUGUGCUGAGGUAGACCGAUUCAUCAUCAGAAGAGGAGUAAAAAAAAGGUCAAUACGCUCUUCUGUUGGAGUGUAGCAGGAACAGUGAGGAGACAAACAGUGAGAUGUGUCAGGUUUAAUAAAUGAGGAUUACAUCUUGAGCUGGGCGAAUCCUCAGAGGUGUGACUUCUCCACCUGUGAAUGGGAUGAAUCUGGAAAUCAUGCGGGUGUCCAUGACAACCUCAGUCAUGUUUUCCAAAGGGAUGAUUACAACAUGCGCCAAAGAAAAUGAUCAUAGAAAAACAAAACAAAAACAAAAACAAAGCUAAGACUAUGCAUACAUAAUUGGUAACAUUACAUACACACGUUUUUAAAACAACUUUGAUCUAUUUUUUGUGCAUUUGGGAGAUUGUUCAGUUGUUCAAUCCAAUUCAUUUGCUAUUAAGUUACAAUGUAUAUUUUGGUCAAUAAACUGUAAACAUGUGAAAAAAGUGAGCAGAAGAUUUGCGAGGAAGUGAAUUACAUCUUUUGAAUAGGAUAGCUUAUUCCGAAAUGGCACAUAUUCACUUUAAUUUUUUGUUCAGUAAUCGCUAUUCCAAGGUUGGGCAUUUUUUUUUAUUGCUUUUUUGUGUGCUCCCUCUUCUUAUCUCACUGAUAUUGAAAUAAUAUUUUCAAGAAUGCUGGAAUCAAUAUUUUUAUUUUUACAUAAUUGUUAAGUAAAACCCUGGAAAGAGGUGAAUAUUUCAUCAUUUUAUUUGUAUCGGAGUUAUUGAGAAACACAUUUAUUAAACUUGUGAUUCGUAAAGAAUGCUGAAAAGAUGAAGAAGAUCAAGUUUUUGAAUGCAUUGUGAGGGAAACAGUUACCAAAAUAUAUCAUAAUGUACUGAAUUGCAUUGGUACAGACAUUUUGACUUAUUUCCAAAUGUAUUUCUGAUCACCAUUACCUAAUGUGCACCUAAAUUUUUAUUAAAGUUUUGAUUGUCUGUGGUAUAUUUGUUUGCUAUUUAACAUGUGCAAAAAAUGUGGUGCCAACCCAUUAUUACUCUUUGGUUUUUAUUAUUUUUUUAAUUCACUUUAUUUUUUUCAUUCAUGUUUCUACACUCUUCAUAUAAUUGAAUGACUGUUACUUUCUUCUUGAUAAUAAUCUUAAUGCAGUAAUCACCAGAGUACUGGCCAUGUGGACAGUGCUUUAAAUGAAAGCCCAGUUUUAUGCAUAAAGAAUCUCAAAAUGUAUGGCUAGUUUAGGAUAGGAUAGAAAUUGAAAUAUUUUCUUUGGCACCUGGAUGUCUGUAUAAGAGCGACAAUAAAGUAUAAAGUGUAAUCAUGUUAAGAAUACAAAAAUCAGUUGCUAAAAAGAUUUUGGAAAUACUGCGAUGUGUAUAUUAAAUUGCA